UUUCUUUUUCUUUUUUUCUUUUUAAUCAAGAUGAAAGAUCAAUCGAAUGAAUUAAAACAGAAUUUGACAUUAGAUAUAAUCAAUGAUGACUCUUAUUGUAUUUUUAAAUCCUUAAAUUAUCCUCACAUCAAACCACUCUUUCAUGACGAAUUAAUCAAAAAUACAACAACUACUACUAAUAGCACCUCACCGCCCACACAUUUGACUACGGCCGCUGCCUUUUUAUCUAACCUCAUAGUGUCAUCGAGUGGCGAGAAGAACAAUAGGAUUCAUGAUUACACUCUUGGCCCCGUUAUAGGUUACGGAGGAUUUUCUGUAGUACACAAGGCCUGUCAUUACCUCAUGCCACAUCAGAUUAAAGCAGUUAAAGUGGUCACAAAGACGUGUAUGUCAGAAACAGAUAUUAUCAGAUUCAACCGCGAACUCACCAUUUGGAAAUCUCUUUGUCAUCCGCGUGUGGUCAAUCUGUUGAAAGUCAUCAAGAAGAAACAAAGCUAUUGUCUCAUAUGCGAUUACUGUCCAGGUGGUACACUGCUUCAAUUCCUAAACAAGCAUAAGCUUCUCGAACAAGACGCCAAAAGAAUAUUUAAAGAGCUCUGUCAAGCUGUUCACUACUUGCAUAUUGACCGAAAAGUAUGCCAUAAGGACCUGAAGCUGGAAAAUGUACUGAUCGACGAAAACGGGCACAUCAAACUAUGCGACUUUGGUCUCGCUCUUUAUCUCUCUCAUAAACCUUGUUCAAAAAGAUUCAAACAGCAAGAAACCGCAGGCGGUUCUCUGGCUUACAUUGCACCAGAGCAACUCACCGCCUCUGUUUCACUUGCCUGUCCAAAGACAGAUAUCUGGUCACUCGGAGUCAUCCUGUACGCUCUAGUCGUCGGUCAAUUGCCCUUCAUGGACACUUUUGAUCUCAGACUUGUUCAAAAGAUCCAGCAAGGUGCAUUUGAAAUGCCAGACGAUCUAUCAGAGCCACUGCAGCGCUUGAUCCGAGCUUGCUUGAAUAAGGAUCCAGACGAGAGGCCAAGCAUAGACCAGAUCCUCAAAUCGUCUUGGCUAAUGUAAUACACAAUAAAGGACCC